AUGGACGGAAAGACGCGACACGACAUCUUCCUGGUUGUCGACAAGACGGGCACAUUCCAGGAUGCCGGCUAUCGAAAGGCAAAAGAAGCAAAGGAGGGCAUCAAAAAGACGGCCAACAGCAUCCGAGGCGGUAAACAACAAUUCCAGGGAGGCGGAGGAGGGCACAAUCGCAAUGACAAGAACAUCUACAUCAAUCUGGUGGACCAUUUGCGGUCGAGGGACCAGUUGCCCGUCGUCUGUUUCGUCUUCUCCAGGAAAAGAUGCGACGACAAUGCGCAGAUGCUGUUGUCGAUGGAUUUGACGACGGCCCUCGAGAAGAACCACAUCCAUCGAUUCUUUCAUCAAUGCGUUCAGAGGCUGAAGGGAAGCGACGACGGUUGUAUACCGGAA